CGUAUUUGGCGCACUGUUGGAGUAGUCGCAUGAUAGCCGACGGCGUUUACUCGUAAACUAUCGAUAAAAGACGUAUUGUGAUGUUAGUAUGUAAAAAGUGUUUAUAUAAACGCGUGAUAUUAUUGUGUUAAAUCAUGUCCCUUCCGGGUUCAUUUUUAUUUUCAUACUAUGUGGAGAGCUUUUUGGGCUCUCCACGACCGCUGGUGGAUUGGUCAGGGGUGCCAACCAUCAUCUUGGUGGUUUUGGCACUCGUGAUGGCAGCUACAGCAAUGCUGGUACGUCCAGGGGAUGCCAAGAGGCCCAUUCGACUUCCAGGGCCACCGGCUCUACCGAUUAUUGGGACCAGGUGGCUGUUCUGGAGUCGGUACAAGUUAAAUAAACUUCACGAGGCUUACGAAGAUAUGUUCAGGCGAUACGGGCUGGUGUUCGUGGAGAUGACGCCAGGGGGCGCCCCUAUAGUGUCAAUAGCGGAACGGGGGGCCUUGGAGGCAGUAUUGCGGACACCGUCUAAGAGGCCUUAUCGGCCUCCCACGGAAAUCGUCCAGGUGUACCGCCGCAGCCGGCCCGACAGAUACGCGUCAACUGGACUUGUCAAUGAGCAAGGGGACAAAUGGCAUCACUUACGCCGACAUCUGACAUCGGAUCUGACCAGUCCACAAACCAUACAAAACUUCAUUCCACAGUUGAACAAUAUUUGUGACGACUUCCUUAUUCUUUUGAAGAACUGCAGGCGACCUGAUGGUACCGUCCUUGGCUUCGAUCAUCUUACGAAUAGAAUGGGCUUGGAAUCUGUUUGUGGAUUAAUGCUGGGAGCAAGAUUGGGUUUUCUGGAGCGUUGUAUGUCCGGCCGUGCUGCUACUUUGGCGGCUGCUGUGAAAGCCCAUUUUAGGGCUCAAAGGGAUUCGUACUAUGGCGCCCCUUUAUGGAAGUUCGCACCCACUACGUUAUACAAGACAUUUGUGGAUAGUGAAGAUACUAUUCAUACGAUAGUAUCAGAUCUAAUGGAAGAAGCAAAAUCUCGGUCCCGCGGCGCGGCGCAAGACGACGGCAUGCAAGAGAUCUUCCUCAAGAUAUUGGCUAACCCUGAACUAGACAUGAGGGACAAAAAAGCCGCAGUCAUCGAUUUUAUCACGGCUGGCAUUGAGACAUUGGCAAACAGUUUAGUAUUCCUCCUAUAUUUAUUAAGUGGAAGACCAGACUGGCAACAAAAAAUUAGAUCCGAGUUGCCAUCUUGCGGCGACCUCCGUAUCGAGCAAUUGUCAUCAGCGCCAUCUAUCAAAGCAGCAACAAACGAAGCAUUUCGCGUCCUGCCCACUGUACCAUUUUUGGCUCGGCUUCUAGAGCAACCAAUGAAUAUUGCUGGCCACAAUUUUCCCGCUGGUACUUUUGUCUUGGCGCACACGGUGACAGCUUGCAAACGUGAAGAAAACUUCUGGCGUGCCAGUGAGUAUCUGCCAGAACGCUGGAUAGACGUUCGAGAACCCCAUGCUGCAUCACUUGUCGCGCCGUUUGGUCGUGGCAAACGCAUGUGUCCGGGAAAGAGAUUUGUUGAAAUGGAGCUGCAUCUUUUGGUUGCUAAGAUAAUACAGCAAUGGCGCGUGGAAUUCGACGGCGAACUUGAUGUCCAAUUCGAUUUUCUUUUAUCACCAAAGUCCCCCGUAUCAUUACGAUUAGUCGAAUGGUAGAACAUUCCACCUAACAUAACCUAACUUUAUGCUUGAACUGAUAGUUUUAAGGAUUCCGAAUACUAAAAUGCUAAUUGAGGAGUUCCUUUGUUAUUUGUGUGUUGUUGAAAGGGACAGAUUUUUUUUCAUAUUUGAAUAACGUUUCAGUAAGGCUGAUAGAUUUAUAAGUAUUUUUAAUAGCUCAUUAUCACCAAACUUAGGUAAUUUGGACCAAACGCCAUAUAAUCGAAUAAGUUUUGAUGGAUUGAUGUUUGAUACUGUUCUUUUACAAACUUAAGAGGCUGAAACAGAAACUAAAUAAUUAAGAAAAACUGCUAAAAACUAAUAAAGAAAUGUUCGCGAAAGCUGUUUAUACAGUAUUGGUGGAGAUUCAGCUAAGCCAUACUGCAAAUAUACACGCAAAGUUUGAAAGCACGUUUGCGUUAGAACCCACUAUUAAAAUAAAACUUUAUGACACUUAAUUAUGGUCGUUACUUGGCUUUUUGAUUGGCGACAGAGAAUCAAGUUCGCAAUAAGUUUUUUGUUCCGUUCACUCGGCGUCGCGUAGCCUUUGCUUGCAGUUUUUUUACCGAAUUUCAUGACAUUUUGUCAUCCCCUUAAUGUUAAGGAUGGUCCGGUACAUCCCUAAUUAUUAUUUUUUAGACAAUAUAUUUAAUAUUUUUAUGAUACAGCUUACAAAAAUACAUAUACCUAACCCAAAAUUUUCACCCUUAACGAUCAGUCCCUAUUUUAUAUUUGUUAAUUAAAUUUACAGAAAAACCUAAAAAGAUUUCAUUUCGGCAAUCCGAACAGUCUCUGGUGUAGCAUGGCAGUGGUAUGCACUAUAGAUUUAGGUAGGCAAAGUUAAAUCACAUUAAUGGCUGAUAGAAUAGAUCCGGCUCUAGGAUUAGUGUGCUCAUUGGUUAUUAGCUAAAAACCAAAUUCUUGUCUAUUUAUAAUUAGGAGAAUGUAUAUCUACCAAGUUGCAAAAUAAUUAAUAGAAAAAAAUUAUCUUCAUUUUGAUAUUUAAUUAAUAAAUGUACGAUAUGAACGUAUAAAUGUAUCAAAAUCGUGCCUGUUUACACCUGGCUGCGAAGUACAGCUAAGGUGAUCAAAGGCACCUUUGAUUUUUAAAAUCUUUUUGUAAAUUACCGUCAUGUAGCCGAUAUUUUAUUUAAAUAACAAGUGAAAUGUUCUCAAAUAUCAAUUAAAUGAAAAAUAAUCUCAUUAAAAACAGCAGCGUUUAAAUUUUGAUAACCAACUUGGUAGAUAUACAUUUUCCUAAUUAUAAAUAUAAGUAUAUAAAUAUUUGAGUUUUUAACAAAUAACCGAUGAGCGCACUAAUCCUGCAGCCGGAAAUAGUACUAUAAGGAGAUACGAUGUUCGCGGGGGCAGCUAGUACCACCAUAAAAUUGCCUAAGUUUGGUAAAGAGCAUUAUUUUUGUAUUACUAUAAUGAUAGGUUGUGUAACCGUUAUGAAAUUUAUAUUUUCUGGUCUGUAUAUUGAGACAUGUUACAUAGUUCUAACAUUCCCAUAUUAAUACCGAACCUGUUUUUUAAGAAUCCUUAUAAUUGUGAAAUCUGCUUUACCCUAUUAAUAGAUUGAAUAACAGACAGUAUCUUAGCCAAAUAGGCCUAGUAUGAACUGGCGUGCCAUCAAAGGUUGCCAUGACUAAACUCGAAAUAAUAGCUAAGCAUUAUGAUUAAAAUAAUAUUACAGGGUAUUGGCACAGUCUGCUCAAAUUGUAUACUUUUUAUAACUAUUCAUAAUUAUUAAAUAGUUUAAGGACAUAUAUGAGUGCUUAUCUACAUAGCCACUCUGACUAGGCAACAUAGCUCACUAAUAAAAGCUUAUUCUAAAAAAAAUGUCGUAAUUCGCAAAAGUUUUUUUAAAAUAAGAUCAUUAGUAUCGAGUUAAACGCAAGAUUCACAUCAAAUAUUUAAAAAUUACCUAAUACUUAAAUAAAGUGUAAUGUCAAGUGUUUCAUAGGGUUUAAAAAGGUAAAUAUGGUUUAAGGUAAAUAAAUGAACCUCUGAUACAUUCAGUAAUCAUAAAAGAGUAACGAGACUAGAAACACCGCAUUCAUAAACGCAUUUCACAGUGGCUAUGAAGUAUAGCAAUACUUGGUUUUGAGACAAGAACUAUUUAGCAAAUAAUUUGUAUGGAAACUCGUAAUAAGGGUAUUUGUACAAAUUAUUUUGGCGACGUUAAUGCAAGCUUUUUGUCUCAAUGUUCUCCCCUGCAUUUAGUAUAAGUUUAUAACUACACAACGUAGUAAGAUAUGGCUGUGUUAAUAUCAAAAAUCAUAUUUAUAUAGUUAACCACGAAUACCUCUGUAGUGAAAACUAUAUCAACUGCAAAGUUAAUGCAUUUAUUUUAGGAUUUCUUAUGAUUUUAGAACAAACUUAAAAUCGAGGGUAGUUAUAAUAUAAUAGUACUCUUGCGGUCUCAAACCCUAUUAAUAUUUUGGCUUUACCUUCUCACAUUACAUUUAUGCUGUUUUUGUUUCCAAUAUAAUGUACCUAUAUUAAAUGAUGUUGUUGAUUUGUAAUAGAGUUACUUUCAAUUUCAUUCAGACCAUGUUUACAUUGAUAAAUUUGCCAUUUGUCUCUUUAGAUAUGUUGUAAAAUACGGCCAUAAAUAUACGACAUAUUCUGGGCCAAGUCCUAUCUAACAAAUGAAUUUCAAAUUGCCCUCCACCAAAGUGAAAGAAACUGUUACAUCUACCCAGUUACAAUUAAAUAUGUUUUGUGUAUAUUUUUGAUAUUUUUCAUAAAAACCCGCCGCACCGAACAGUAUAUCAUUGUUUAAUUAUUCUUGUAUUCUGCAGUUAUAGGUAUAAGUAAUGUUUAAGUUUUAUGCAGCUUUUAUGUUAACCAUACAUUAAAGUGGCUAUUUCAAUUAUUA